UAACAUUGUCCUGCACCUAGACUACCACACUCGAACGCAUUGUAUGAUUUCAGUUACAAUCUCUUGAUGCGUAUACACGUCAGGCCAGGUGUUCCAUACAGCGCUUGAUUCGUUUGUUCCAGUAAGUCAAAUUAGAUCUCAGUCCCGCAGAAAGGUGCUUCAUCAAGAAAAGGAAAGGAUUGAGGAGCAGCAGUUCAGCGCAGUCUGGAAAUGAUGGAAAGCGGUUCCAGAAGCUCUUCCAUUCCCAGCGUGAGUUCUAGCGUUGGUCCCUCGGGUAGGAGAUCAGCUGGCGACGAGCAAGUGCAUUUGCGAAGAGAACUCGGCUUGCUAAAAGCAGUCUCCAUUGUUAUGGGAUCGAUUAUUGGAUCAGGUAUCUUCAUCUCACCCCAAGGUGUCUUGCGAGGAACGGGGAGCGUUGGUCUGAGUUUGAUCGUCUGGCUCGUGUGUGGGCUCGUUUCGUUGGCAGGGGCGCUCUGUUUUGCCGAGUUGAGCAUCGUCACCGGCAAGUCGGGCAGCCAGUAUAUUUACCUCAAGGAGGCCUACGGUAACAUCCCUGGAUUUCUCUACUCUUGGACUUCAAGUCUCCUCAUGCGACCAGGGGGCCUAGCUAUGGUGACCCUCGCUAUGGGGGCGUACUUGACGGACUUCCUCCUCCCCGGCGACUGCCCGGUCCCUGAUACACUCAUCAAGCUGUUUGCCGUGUUGGCUAUUAUGUUUGCAGGUUUCGUGAAUGCGGUCAGCGUGAAAUGGACAACUCACCUCCAGGUUGCUUUCACCAUGUCAAAGGUCGUGGCGUUGCUGGUCAUUGUUGGUGUGGGUCUGAGCCAAAUUAUUCAAGGACACACUGAUGCCGUUAAUCCCAGCGUGUCCUUCCACGGCUCUAAUAAAGAUAUCAUCUCCCUAGCAGCGGCAUUCUACCAAGGCUUGUACCCCUACGAUGGAUGGGGUUCUUUAAACACCGUUUACGAAGAAGUGAACAAUCCAAAAAGAAACGUUCCUCUUGCGGUCAUCAUCGGGAUACCGCUGACCAUUGUGAUCUACAUCUUGGUCAACAUCUCGUAUCUCACUGUGCUCACUCCGGAUGAAGUCAUUGCUUCGGACGCAGUCGCUGUGGCUUUUGCUGAGCGAUCUCUGGGUGCCAUGUCGUGGGUGAUACCGCUGGGCAUCUGCAUCUCAACAUUUGGUGGGUCGAUGUGUUCCAUCUUGUCCGACGCCAGGCUGCCGUACGUUACCAGCCGCGAAGGUCACAUGGCGCAGUUUCUGAGCAUGAUCAGUAUCAACAGAAGAACUCCCCUGCCCGGUAUCGGUUUGGAGGUCUUGGUGGCGCUGUUCCUGGUAGCUAUCGGAUCGUUCGACACCUUGCUGUACGGCCUGAGCUUCGCGGGCUGGGGAUUCUACGGCGCUGCCGUCAUGGCUGUCCCCGUGCUUCGCUACAGACUUCCCAACCGGCCAAGACCCUUUAAAGUGCCUAUUAUUCUUCCGAUCCUGGUUUUUCUCUGCUCCUUGUACCUUAUUGUUUCGCCGUUUGUCAACGGGCCAGACAUGGAGAUCGUCUACGCUUCACUGUUUAUUCUGUCUGGACUUCUCCUCUACAUUCCGUUUGUCCAUUUCAAGUAUCAUCCUCGAGUAAUGCGUCACGUUACGUUAUUUCUGCAGAAGCUAUUCGUCGCUGUCCCCUCGGACUACGUGGAACCGGAAUAAUGACAGGCAUUCUAUUGAAUAUUCAGCUUAUUAUUAUUAUUUAUGUGCUUGACCGGUCUAGUCUUGAAUGUGUGUUGAAGACUAGCCCAGUAGAAUGGACGCGACUCAUGUCUGAGCCGAAGGCAAGAACAUUGUCAGCGUUCGUUCUUCUCGGCUAAGCACAUAAUUUAUUGCCAUUCAUAAAACCGUUGUAGUCAGAUAGUUAUAAGAAGUCAACAUACGAUAAAUUCCUCAGAAUUUUGUUCAGGAAUUUUACUUUGAAGUUCAUUUUCCCGAACAAACUAGUCCAUUUUAUGGUAUGUUCCUUGCGCAAAUUGUCCAGAAGAAUCUCCUUAUAUGGACCUAGCGCGCCCGUGGCGAGUUCUGUGUGCGGCGUCGCACGCAGACUCCUGACCAAUAGGGAUAGAGUAAACUGUCUCGUAUCCACGUGCCAGCGCGUCUUUAAUUAAGCAGCAGGCAUAUUAUCAAAUCGCAUCGGGCAUUAUUAAAUGUUAAUUCGCGGUCACGUUCCGCGCUCUUGGUUGGGGAAACUGUCUGAGGUAUACAGGAAGGUAGAUUUUAGGAGACUUGUAGGUUUUCACGACGGACAUGAUAUUAAUCUCCGUUUUUGAGAUGUGUGAGAGCAAACAGAGGUUCAAACAACGAAUGAGACUGGUGACGAAUUUAACACGCAGCUCAAGACGUCCAGUUGAAACAACAGCCUCGUUUCAAUACCAGACAACUCAAAACAGAGAUUAAUGUCCAAAAUGUAGAUUAUUUUCAGAAUUUAUACCGUUUCAGAUCUGAAAACUGGCGUACAACCUUUGCACUUUAGUUCAUUAUGUGGAAAACCUGCACACUUUUCGUUUGUUUUUUUUUGUGAAACAGCGACAUGCACCUGACUUUAAAUUUAACGUUCUCUUUGAGUGUAUAUGUUGAUUCUAUAUUUUUAGGGGUAUGCAAGAAGUGCCGUUUGUAAUUUCAAUCUUUUUCUCUCUGGUAAUGUCUUCAGUUUUGUGCGUUGGCGCGACACCGGUAAUAAUUUUCCAUAUUAGCGUGCAGUACUUUCAUUUAAAUUCACUAUCAUUUCCUCCGUUUUGUUAUUUAUUUUCUUCCAUUUUUAUAUCCAAAGUAAAACUUACGUUUUCUCGUUUGUCUUCAUUUUAAAAGUUCCAUUUAGAAUUUUCAAUGAAUUUUAGUGUUACCGUUUAUAUUCAAAUAUAAUUUUAACCCGUGUGUAGAAAAAUGAUUAUCUCAGUUUUAACAUUCUCCCACGGCGAUUAAAAAUUUACAAAAUUACAAAUUCAGAAUGGGGGAAUCGCUAGAAACCUACCUUAUCAGUACUUCUCAGAUGAUAUUCCAAAACCUUGUUUUCUUCAAACUGAACGACUUGUGACGAACGAAGCCUUUCGACGUGUAGGCCUGAUCGUGUAGCAGAUCAGGGUCGGUCAAGGUCAGUCAAUGCGGUCUUCGCGUGAACGAUGAGACGUGGUUCCUCAACUAUGCAGGUCCCCAAAUUCCAACUGGUGGUGCAUAAUAUAUAUCAUUUGGAUUCAACCAUGCUUAUUGGUGACAUUUAUCAAGUUUUAAAUCCAGUAUUUUUCCGUAGCUGUAACACAAAUAUAUAAAUGCACGUGUAAAUCAAGUUGAUUUCGGAGGUAGGCCCAACGAGGAGAAUCAAGACGCGUUUCCAUGACACCAUCAUCCAUCGAUGGCGACUGCGCGUCUGUAACUUUCCAUCCACACAAUGUACACGCAGUGUAUCUUAAACAAAAGUUGCAUACCGUCCCCAGACGCAAGUGCAUAUUCUUUUACGGGUCGGGGGUUAAAGCUUUCACCUAGCUAGGGAGUGCUGAACAAUGGAUCACAUUUUUCUAACAACUCAAAACAUUAGUAAGAAUGGACACUCGGUGUUCCUUGAAAACUGGACAACAGUUUUGGGGGAAGGGCGUAGUUUAAGUCAGAGAAACGACUCCAAAGGUGGAACUUCCCGAACACAAAACUGGCUCGGGAGCUCCA